CGGUAUGAGGGGAGUUGAAGCGGAGACUCAAGACGCAGCGAUAUGUGGGCUAGAUUGUGAAAUUUAGGACGUAAGACUAAUGGUGUCGUGUUGAAGUUGAGUGAUUAUAUUGUUAAUGAUUUCUGUAACACUCUGUUGAGUUGUCUUGAGCAGGUUAGGAUUAGAUAUUUUAGCUGAGUCGCGCUUUAGCUCUUUGAUGUCAGGAGUGAUUUGAGGUUAAGGUGUGGCUUUCAGCAAAAGGACGAAUUACCUCAAUUGUAGCAGAGCUUAUAUUAAAUUCUUCGAUAUUUAGAGUAGUGCAAUACAUUAAAAGUGAGCAAGAAAUGGGAUCGGGACAUGACCCAGGUCAGAAUCGAACUUGAGUUUCCAAUGAGCCAACCACUUUUAAAUGUCGUAUGUGCGCUGCCUUGUGCGCCAGAACUGCGACUGAAUUGAAUCGUAAGGCUUUUAACGGUUUUCGCGAGGAUUUGAUACGCGUGCGUUAAAUCCAGGAAGCGUUCGGUUACACAACGGAGUCGAAUCGUUCGAUGACCGUUGCAACAUUAGUUCUAACUUUUCGGAAGUGUGUGAACCCACUUCAGAACGAAUGGAAUCUGUUACAUUCCAUUGAAAUAGAUCGCUAGAGCGCUCGGUUCAGAGUUGAGCCGUACAGGGCGUGAGCCGUCCGCUAGUAGACAGUAGUAUGUAGGCAGUAUGAGGAAAAAAGCCAUUGCAAAAAUAAAGGAUGUUACGCCAAUUUUAUGUGGUAUCUGGGAGUCGAACCGCUUACCAGCGUGACAUACGAAUCGAUCGACGAGAGAAAUCGAGAAUUCUACCAGUGAAGUAACCCUAACAUCUGGAGUGAAGACCUCCGUUUCAUACCAAUAUCAACAGUAUGUCAUUAAAUGGAUUUCUUCUUACGUCUGAAUGACGUCUGACUGCUGAAGGAGCUCGGCACCGGCAGUGCUGCAACACGCUCUUUGCGAUCCAGCUGUCGGCCACAUGUGUGUGAUGGGGUCGUUGAGUCCAUACCCAGCUCUACAUCAUAUCCUUUCUUUCAGUGUUCCUGUAGACCACUAUGUUGGGAUUGAACAGAAGGCGGCUGAAGAACCCCAGCUUCGUCCAGAACGUUCUGGACUCUUCUGGUUGUGGAUGUAGUGUGAAAAUGCUGAGGAAAGCCCUUCUGUGGAUGAGAAGGUGGGGCUGCUGGGCCUAAUCCUGUUAUCCCAGCCUUCUUAAUCCAGAUCCAGUCAGUCUUUACACCUCUUCAGUCACACAAACACAAACACACUUCCAAUACAAAUAUAUCAGACAUUAUGGAGGAAAGCAUGAUGCUGGGUGUUGAAGGGAUCAAGAAAAGCAUCUUGCAUGGAGGGAUCAGUGAGAAACCUAAAUUUAUCACAGGAACUAAGGUGACGUUCCAUUUCCGCACUCAGCUCUGCAAUGAUGAGCGCACCGUGAUAGAUGACAGUAAGAAAGCAGGUAUGCCCAUGGAAAUGGUGAUCGGGAACAUGUUUAAACUGGAUGUUUGGGAGACUCUGCUCAUGUCCAUGCACAUAGGGGAGGUGGCUGAGUUCUGGUGUGACGUCAUUCACACUGGUAUGUAUCCAAUAGUGGCAAAGAGUCUGCGGCGUAUCGCAGCGGGGAAAGAUCCAGUGGACUGGCACAUUCACACCUGCGGCAUGGCCAACAUGUUUGCCUACCACAGCCUGGGCUAUGAUGAUCUGGAUGAGCUUCAGAAAGAACCACAGCCUCUUUACUUUGUAAUGGAACUUCUGAAGGUACAGCAGCCCAGUGAGUAUGACAGAGAGUCCUGGGCUCUGAAUGAUGAAGAGAGAUUGAAAGCAGUACCUGUGCUCCACGGUCAAGGGAACAAGCUCUUCAAACAGGGCCGAUAUGAGGACGCCACACUGAAAUACAAGGAAGCCAUUAUGUGUAUCAAGAAUGUGCAGACAAAGGAAAAGGCAUGGGAAGCUCCUUGGCUGAGACUAGAGAAGAUGGCCAACACGCUCACUUUAAACUACUGUCAGUGUCUGCUGCGCAUGGAGGAGUACUAUGAGGUCAUCGAACACACGACUGACAUCAUCAACCAGCACCCUGGGGCAAUGAAAGCCUUCUAUCUGCGUGGAAAAGCGCACAUGGAGGUGUGGAACGAAGCUGAGGCCAGAGAUGAUUUCAUGAGAGUCCUGGAUCUGGACCCAGGCAUGAAAAAGACAAUCAAGAAAGAGCUUGCAGUUCUCAAAAUGAGAAUGGAGUUAAAAAAUGAGGAGGACAGACUGAAGUACAAGGGCAUGUUCGCAAAAAUGGCGAGAGAGGAAGGGUCUCUAGAGCUGGAGAAUCCAGAUCAAGAGAUUUCAGAGCAAACAUCUCCAGAACAAGAAACAACUCAAGAAAAACAGAGUGCAGAGGAAGCACCGCUAGAGAAAACAGGUGAAGAACAAACAAAUUCCCCACAAACAUCUCCUGAGCAAAUAACUUCAGCACAGGAAGUUACACAAGAAGUUGUUUCACAAGAAGAAACAUCUACUGCACUAUCAAGUUCUGAUCAUGAGAUACCAGAACAAUCAACUACUCAGAAUGUGACUCCAGAACAAACUACCACAGAAGCUACUCCAAAACAAUUAGAAGCAGUACAAACAUUUCUGGAGCAAUCAGCUUCUGAAGAAACAUCACCAGAACAUAUUACUCCAGAGCCAACCUGUCCAGAACAAGCAGACCAGGAUCUUAUAACUUCAGAACAAAUGACUCCAGCUGGAAUGACACUAGAAAACACCAGUCAAUGAGUCUUCAUCAUAAAAAAAUUUCAAGAGAGGUGCAACAACUAUGAUGUGGGAUAAAAUUGAACCCUUUUGACUUUUUACAUCUGAAAUGCGUUGUUGCUUUUCUUCAUGUAUCUACAUUAUAAUGUAAGAUUUAACUUAGUGUGACUGUAGUUUUGCCAGAUCAUACAAUAAAAUAGUACUCAAUCA